AUGAAUCCUCAGUACGUGCGUGUUCUACCUCGAGCCUCUUCAGGUGCUGUGGCGGCAGCUCUGCGCCCUUCUCCUCGAACCGCAUUCAGCCGACUAUACGCCACACAGAACAACCCGGGCAGCACAACCAAAAAGCGCAGGAACAUUACAGUCUUGUCUGACGAUGGACGAUAUGAGUGGGGUGAUUUGAGUGGACGAGAGAAGGUUUCGCGCGCUACACAGCAAUCUUUCAACUUCGUGGUUGUGAUGGCAGGUGUGGUCUUGACGGGCGGAGUUUUCUAUCUUUUAUGGACCGAUGUUAUCUCUCCAAAUAGUCGAACAUGGCAAUUCGAGAAAGCUGUCGACCGUAUCAAGGAUGAUGCGCGGUGCAUAACAAUCCUCGGUGACCGCCGAGAAAUCAAAGCCUACGGGGAGAACACUUCAAGCAAAUGGGCACGGCAUCGGCCUAUUGCAACGAGCGUUGAGAAGGAUCGUUUGGGCCGCGAGCAUCUUCGUAUGCACUUUCACGUCGAGGGUCCUCUUAACUCGGGAACUGUUCGUGUGCAUAUGAUGAAACCCUUGGACAAAAACGAAUGGGAAUACCAACUUCUUGCUUUGGAUGUCAAGGGACACUCUCGUGUCGUCCUGGAGAAGGCCGUAGAGAAGCCCAGCGUGGCUAGCUCGUUGAAACUAUUCGGUCUCCAGUGGCGCUAA